AUGUCAAAUUCAAAAACAAAAGAAAAAACAAGAUGAAAAAAUGAGGUAGUAAUUUUAGUUAUUCCCGGGCAGAUUUCCAGCAAAAUAAUGGGAAUAACUAAAGACCCAUCAGCUGCCAGUGCCGUUAGCCAAAAUACCAUUCAUGCGCUGGGCAAAGUGUGACCACUCUCAACAAAAUUUAGGUUAUGUCUUGAGAGACGAAAAUAAAUGUAUAUCUUUCGUUUGAACCUCAGGAAGGUAUCCAUAGGGAUUCUACUUUUCGGACAGCUAUUUCUGCUAUUCCUCUACUUUUAUUCUCAACAGAGUCCUAUCUUCCAAACGACUGAUAGCCGCAUCUCCUUCCUGAAAAGUGAGGACUACGAAAAUGAACUCCAGACCACAUAUCACUCUCUCAACAGCAAUAUCAUUCUCAAGUCUAUCAAGACCAGGCAGAGUUACAUAGAUUUCAACUCUAGCUUGUGCUUCACCAAUGGCAGUGAUCUGAACUCCAUGAGACUUUCCACAGGGGGUAAAUGGAAAUGUGAAUGCCUACCAGGAUGGCAUGGGACUGAUUGUGGACAGCCAGAGGUACUGUGGAGGGCAAUACUCUCCAGCAGGAAGCCGGUGAAGAUAAGGGGGCCCAGGACCUUCGAAAGGAGACUGAUAUAUGUAUUCAAGGUGGACAGGUUCUCUGAGUAUGUUGCUGAUAUCAGGAUCAAUGAAUUGGGGCCUAUCAUAGAUCUGUUUAUCUUGUAUGAAGAUGACAAUGCUGACUUUUUACUGCACAAACUGGGCAACAAAUUUUGCAAAGAAUACCAACACAAGAUCCUCUACAUGCAAGGAGAUGGUACAAACUUGUGGAAAAAAGUGAAGCCCUUCUUAAAGAACCUCAGAAAUGAUGACAUAAUUCUCUCUAGUGGCCUCAACGAAAUCCCCAAUAAAGAUGCCCUAAUUUUCCUCAAAUUCUAUGAUCACUGGCCUCAACCCAUAAAGUUUCGCUACAGGUGGUCAGUUUUUGGUUUUUUUUGGGUACAUCCUAGUAAAACCAUUACAGGAGGAGGAGCGUGCACAAUUUCAUUUCUCAAAGAAUCCUUCAACAACAAGUUGAGUCUUCUUACUGAUAAUAAAACAUUGUCUAGUCCUUUGUAUAGAGGGCUUAUUUUGGGUGAUUUGAACCAUUAUGGGGGAUGGUACUGUGAGUUUUGCAAUGAUCCCCUUAGGAUUGUGGAUUUUUUGUCCACCAAGUCAAAAAAUGUGAUAAACUGGGAUAGGGUCAAUCAUCAAAAAAUUGAUAGUAGUUUCGUUGAGGAUCUUAUAGAGAAUGGUGUGUACAUGGAUGGCAAAAGUGAGCUUUGGAAGGCCCAUAAGUACCAUGACAACUAUUUUGCACCUAAAUUUGUUUUGGAGCAUGACUGGAAAUAUGAUUUUUUGUUAGUUAAUUUUUAUUCAAAGUUGGACUAUUAUGAGGGGUAAACUGUUAUAGAAAUUAUAAAUCAGUCAAUAUCUUUAUGAAUAUUGUUUUUUUUUUUUGGAUUUUCUGCCUGAACAUGAUGUAUAAUCAACAGAUAUAAUGCCUAUUUUUUGAUAUUAUGGAAAUAUGGGUGGUGUUUCACUGUUUCAGGUUUCACUUCAUUCUCCUAAAAAUUAGGAUAAACCUGUGGAAUAAUUAAAGAACUGAAUGUUAAUCAAGACAUCAAGAACAUGUCUGCUUGUUCAUUCAUUAAUAUGUGAUUUUAGAAAAAAAAAUGAAUAUUGAUAGCUCAAAUUCACCUUGUACAUAAUGCACAUACUCAUUAUAUAAUGCUGAUAGCUUCUGUUGAAUAAAAAAAUUGAGUUAUAGAAAAUGUUGUCAUUCC